UCCCAGCAGUCACUGGGUCCUGGAUGAGUUUCGCUGCAACAAACGCCGUGCUUCAUACUACACACGGUCUGUACAUCAGACCACACAACACCCUUAUUCACAGGAAGGAGCCGCCACCAGCACAGCACAUCACAGCACAGCACGGCACAGCACAGCACAGCCUCAAAUCCGGGUAAUUUUACCGAUGUGACAACAGGAGUGUGAGAAAGCUGCUGCCAGGAGCUGAACUGCAGGGUGGCGCAGUUGGCGUUCAUUUGGAGGAUAUAUACAGCCGGACAUGGAUUAUUGGUGCCCGUCUUCACCGCUUUGGAUUUAGUAAAGACGCCGUCUCUGCUCCCCGGUGAAGAACAGGUGGAUCCUGUUUCUGUGUUCAGCUUUAUUCCCCUUUCAUCCACCUGUCACCUUUAUGGGGAACCAGGUGGAGAAACUCACGCAUUUAAAUUACGCAGAGGUGCCAACGGCCGAUCCAAAUGGGUUCGACCCGGACGACGACGGACCGCGGAUCGGCGUCUCAUACAUUUUCUCCAACGACGACGACGACCAGGACGACAAUUUGGACCGCUUUUCAUCUGAGAACCACAUGGUAAACCAUGAGGAGAAGCCCUUUGAUGCACAGGACGAGCUGGAGUGCGCAAUUUACUACCGAGAGGAGAGCGUGUACGAGACGAACACCGGAGCCGAAACUCACUCUGCGGAAAGUCUCCUGAACAAGUGCAGACCGGGAGACCUGCUGGAGUUUGUGGCCACCGGACAGUAUCCUCACUGGGCUGUGUACGUGGGGGACUUCCAGGUGGUUCAUUUGCACCGGGCUGAGAUCAAGAACAACUUUCUCACCGAUGUGAGCCAGGGCAAAAAAGGCAGGAUAGUGAACGGACUCUACAGGUACCGUGCGCUCCCCCCGGAGGUGAUUGUGCGUAACGCCCUGGACCAUGUUGGGUCGAGAGACAGAGAGCUCUACUGGAGAAACUCUGAGUGCUUUGCCGCCUGGUGCCGCUUUGGCAAAAGGGAGUUUAAAAUCGGAGGGGAGAUAAGAAUAGGAAAGCAGCCGUAUAAGUUAAAGUUGCUCUUUUCUGAGAAGAAGAGUCACGUCCUGGAGUUUCAGAGCCUGGAGGACGUGAUCAUGGAAAAGAGAAGGAACGAUCAGAUUGGCAAAGAUGCUGUGAUGCAAGAGAUGGCCAACCACUUAAACGCAACACAUGAAAUCAAAGAGGCGCAUUUUGUCAACUGAUCGUGGAAAAUGCAAACUUUUCACGCUGGAAAACAAAGCCUUUGUGUUGUCGAGGGCGCAUGUAUCCCUCCCAGUCAACCAGAGCUCUGCCUGUGAGCUUGGAUGCAUAUUCCACACUGCAAACAAUUUACAAUCCAUAUUUUUUUGAGAUGAGAGGAAAAGCCAUCUGGGGGUCACAGUUUUAUUAUCAAGUAGCAAAGCCGAUCAUAAGGGUCAAAGCAAACAUUUGUUUUGCAUCAGAAACAAGUGAAAACACUGGCAAUGUCUUUCCUCUUAAGAAAAAAUAUAUUUCACACUCUCAACCCAAGAUUAAGUGACUGUAUGAUGGAUACAUUAGCAUCAGAGCUGCACCUGCAGUCUAAUCAUUUGGGGAUGAAGUCAGCAUUUAAAUGCCCAUAAUUAUCUUCCUAAUCCAAGGAAUCUUGUGAGUGCUGAAAGUGUUUGCUCCUCUCAGGUGAUGGUGAUCAAUACAGAUUGGAGAGAUGGCCACUCACUUUGGUUAUUGUGUGUCAACCUUGAGGAUUCCUACUGUUGCUUUAUAUCCAAUCGUGACUCAGCUUUACCCACUCUUUCACUACUUUGUGGACACUGACUGUGCACUUUUACCGUUUCAACAGUUUAUUUUUUGGAAAAAAAGAUGUUUGUAUUAAGGAAUAUGGAAAUAAAUAUAUAUUUGAACAGUAAA